AUGAAGUUUAUUUCCAGCAUGCUCCUAGGCGCCGCCGCUCUUGCGAAUGUCGCUCUUGCUGACUCUGAAGAGUUUAACUUUCUAGGCUUGAGAUCUGGAUCCAAGUUCCACUUCUCCUCCGUUCACGCCGACAACGGUGCUUUGAAGCUUGGCGGCAAGGGUGAGGCUUUGUCUGCUGUGAUCACGGACAAUGGAAAGUUGAGACUCUCGGACGGUAAGUACGCUGUUGUGACGGCUAGUGGCCCAAUUAUUGAGGGGUCCGAGCAGGAUGCCUCGACCGGGUUCUCUGUUGCAGAGGGCUACUUGAAGUACGCUGGUAACUCUGCAUUUGUACCUAUUUCUGUCGGCGAUAGCUACGAACUCUCUGUCCGUCCAAUGGACCCUUCGGAUAUCGCGAUCAGCAUCCGCGCCCAGUCCAAGACAAACGUUGGCGCGGCGAUUCCAGACUUUCUAGCAAACCUUUAA